CUCAGCGGCUUUUGGCGAGUGCAGCUGUGUUUUGGUUUUUAAUUUGGAAUCGCACACACGUCUAUCCAAAAAUGCCAAAAGGAGCCGAUAAGGUACGGGUCAAUGUAAAGGAGCGCGUCGAGGACGAAAGCUGCGAUCUCAGCUUGUCCGAACUGACUGAGAUACCCGUGCGUGAAAUUGCUUCGUUCAAGCGAGUUACCUUCCUGGAUCUCUCCAGCAAUCGACUGAUCACACUCGGCCGCAACUUUACUGUACUCACUCGGCUGGUUAAACUCGAUCUGAGCAAGAAUCAAAUACGCCUUCUGCCCGAUGAUUUUGGUCAGUUGGAGCAGCUGCGUCAUUUGGAUUUGUACAACAACUGCUUGGAGAAUUUACCACUUAGCUUUGCACGCUUGCGUCGCCUGCGCUAUUUGGACUUGAAGGGCAAUCCUCUGACGCCUGCCUGGGACAGAAUUGUUGGUCGCUGCUCAACGCUGAAGGACUGCCAACAGGCGGCCAAGAAUACUGUCAACGUGUGUGCAAACUUCAAUUCCGAAUACAUUGAACGCGAACGUCUGGCGGCACAGGAGCGCCAACAAAGCUCAACACAAAUGGCAGGUGCUGGCGACGGGGAUGCCAGCUCCAGCUCCAACCUGAGCACAAGGGCCAAUGGCAGUGAGGGCUCCAAGUUAAAAUCGAACAAAGCUAAUCGCAAAACAAAGUCAAAGAAAUCGGGAGCUGUGGCAGAGAAUGAGCUCACAAUCAAACCUGUGCAGCAGCAUUCGGUGGCCACAAAAUCGACAAAUCAAAAGCACAACUCAAAGAAGAAGUCAACAACAAAUAGUGCAUGCUGGCUUAGAGUCUUUUCGGGCGUUGCCUUCUCAUCGCUAAUGACCUUUCUGGCCCUGUUCAUAAUCAAUGUGCUGAUCAUCUACAUGAUAAUGUUCAAGAAUCCAGACAUUGCCGACAAACUGGUGGAGUAUAUACCGCAUCAAUAUCGCGAUUGGAUACUGACCAAAACGGAAAUCUUUCGAUUGCGCGUCACCGACUGGAUCUCCGAGUUUCGCACCCCGCCGGAGGAGCACUGACGGUUCAUUUAUUUGAAGCCAUAGAGCGCGUGGCUUCAAAUAGAGCAACUAUCAAAUCAAAUUCGGAUGCAUAGCGCGUGUGUGAGAAGAAGAAGAACGACUUAACAAAUUUUUGGAUAUGUGUAGACGACCACCUAAACAAGUUAUACGAGUGCAACUUUAAAAGAGCCCCACUGCAAAAGCAGCACUGCCCUGCCAUAUAUGUAUAUUUAAGUAUCUACGUCCAUUGGCAAGAAAUUUUUACCUCACAGACAGACACACACGCACACACACAUAUAUACAUGCAACACACACAUAGCAUCAGAACUAUAGCUAACAAACUACUCUCAAUAAUCUCAGUCAUAACUAAACAUUACAAUAGAUCAAGCAAACAUAAACUCAAUAGUAACUGAAACACAGUUCCAAACUGGCCAACACAAUGAAACUACAGACACAGUCAAAGUGCUUCACACGCGCAUAACACUCAUCUAAUACUCUAUACUAUGUACCAGACUCAUAAUAUCUAUGCAACAGACAGACAGACAGAUCACAAAUGCCAUUCUGUAAGAAUUUCUUGUGCAAUUUAUCUUAUGUUUGAAACCCCAGCUCAUAUUAGGAUCAUAGAGUUGUUGAAUAUGAAUGUAUGAUUUUAAGCGGACAGAUUCGAAAUCUAAUGUAUAAUGUCUAAGUUUAUUUUAAAUUAAAUAUGUAGUUUUUAGUUUAACACUUCAAACGGAAGCAACGAAAGUGGUUUCAUAUAAUUUAUAAUCAAACUAAAUUAAAUUAUUUAUUGUACGUAAAAUUAAACAAACAAAAAAAUGUAUACAAAAGAUUUGCUGAUUUUUGGAAUAAAAUUUUACAUUUU